UUGCGCUCUGUCUCUCUUUCUCUCUCUCUCCUCUCUCUCUCUCUCUCUCUCUCUCUGACGGGACUUAUUUAAAAAAGUCGGAUGUAGAAGAGUUGGACUUAUUUCUGCUCAGAUUCAUCCAGUGGGUCGUUUUUACACACACAAUUCCCGCAGCGGUUCCAUAAGGAAGGAAUACCGUAACAUUUGAGCAGAAAAUCAAUCAGAACUCCAUCAUGGGCUGCCCUCUUUUGCGGAACACAUUGGCUGGUUUGAUCCUGGUUCUUCUGUCUAAAGGGUCCAAUGUGCUCGGAGCAGAAUUCGGCCACCUGCCGGACAAUAUUACAGUGUUGGAAGGCGAAAGCGUCACUUUGAGAUGUCAGAUCGACGAGGAGGUGACCCACAAAGCUUGGCUGAACCGCUCAAACAUCCUUUUCACGGGGACAGAUAAGUGGUCCCUGGACAAGAGAGUGACGCUGGUCAACACCAGCAACAGGGAGUUCUCCAUCCUCAUCGACAAGGUGCAAGUAACAGACGAGGGACCGUACACCUGCACCUUUCAGGCCAACAACAAACCCCGCAUCACCCACGUCUACCUCAUAGUCCAAGUGCCAGCAAGAAUCGUAAACAUCUCAAAAAGCGUGUCGGUGAAUGAGGGAGAGAAUGUAAACCUUUAUUGUCUGGCAGUCGGCCGGCCGGAGCCCACAGUCACAUGGAAGGACCAGAAAUGUAAGCUACUGAUUCUUGUUUUCUUGUUGUCACAUCCAGAUAUCUUAUGUUAACACCCUUGCCUUUAU